GCGGAGGCUCGAGCGUCAUUCACAGCGUGAACGGAUGGGCACACGCUUGAUAAAACCGUUAAUCUUCGUCUGUUUGAUAGAUUUUGUGGUAUUUUAUGUAGGGUUAAAACAUAAAAUGAAUGUAGGCCUAUGGUAGUAAUCUUAUAUUGAUACAUGUAGCUCUAAAACGGACAAAAUGUUGAUGUUUUCCUGGCGACCGCGGACUUCUUGGGAACCUGUUGAUUCUACCGUGUAGCCCACCGACGCGGCAAUGGAGGUAUCAGAUGUUGACCGGUGACAAGCAUACAUGAACACUCUCAACAAUCUAGUGAAGACCUACAUCCAAGCAAAGAUGGAUGCCAUGGAUACACAGCGUGCCUUGGAGGCUGUGGAGAGACUCCAGGCCAAGCUAAAGGACAGAGGAGAGGCUCCUACAGAGGAGAAACUAUCACUACUGAAGACGGUUCUACAGAGUCCUCUGUUCCACCAGAUAUUAACCAUGCAGCAGACACAACUACAGCUGCCAGAGGAGAAGAAGUCAGUACCGAAGUCCGUCUCCCUCAACACGGGUCUCUCCACGGCCAUGUCUCUGGGCCUGAGGACCAUCUCCCACAGCGAGUCCUAUACCUGGGCCCAGAACAACAGCAGCAGUAGUGGGGGAGGAGGUGGCGGAGGGGGAGGCAGCCCCCCUCCCAAACCCUUCCUACCCCGGCAGCACUACGGAGGCAGUCUCAGUGCUCUCAACACUCACACAGAAAGCAACGCCGUGACCAGUAAAAUACAGUGUAUGACUCAGUUUUGUACACCUCCACGAAUCCCCCGGACCUUAUCGAUGGGAAGAAACCUGUCGUAUAUCGCCAACGAGAAGCGUCACAUAGAGUUGAUAGAGCUGGAGAACGAUGGGAAGGGGCUGGGCUUCGGCAUCGUAGGGGGGCGGACCUCUGGAGUCCUGGUCAAAACCAUCCUACCAAGUGGACCUGCUGGACUGGACAAGCGUCUGCGUAGCGGGGACCACAUCCUGCGUAUCGGAGACACGGACCUGGCGGGCAUGGGCAACGAGGAAGUGGCUCACGUUCUCCGUAACGCAGGGUCAAGGGUCAAACUGCUCAUUGCUAGGGACGUUGCCGUCUCCAUGGGCAACGACCUCUCCCUCUCCGUGGCCCCACUCCCUCUCCUCGCCCAGCAACAACAGAGGGUGGCCAGGAUGGGCAACCAGCUGUGUGAUGUGGAGGAGGACUAUGAGUACAGCGUCCAGUUCAGUAAGAACAACCUGGGCCUGGGAUUCACUAUCACCAGCUCCAUGGGGAAGCAGAACUCUGGGGUGCACGUGAAGAGCAUCGUGAAAGGCAGCGCUGUGGACCAAGACAAUCAGAUACACAUUGGAGACAAGAUCUUAGCUGUGGAUGGUGUAAGCCUGCAGGACUGCAGUGAGCAGAGAGCCCUGGAGGUCCUCAGGAAGACGGGCCAGAUAGUCAGGCUGAGGCUGAUGAGGGGAGGGCCUCUAGGAUGGUGUGUGCCCAGAAGACAAAUGUCUCUCAGUGAGAUGUCCAGAAGAGCCAGUAUGGUGUACUCUGAACAACGACUAGACGCCAGAACCGGUGUGAAGCUGAUGGCAGCAGAAGAAGAGGAAUUGAAGAACAGGUGGCAGGCUGCUCUGGGACCCAGAUACCAAGUGGUUGUGUGUCAGCUAGAGAGGUUCAGUGAGACCAGUGGUCUGGGCAGUAUGGAGGCCAGGGCAGUACACCACUACCUGUGCUCCGUCUUACCUGAGGGGCCUGUCGGACAGAGCAGGAAGAUACACACUGGAGACCAGAUACUGGAGGUGAACGGCAUCCCUCUGAUAGGAGAGACUCACCGAGAGGUGAUCAGCAUUCUGAGAGAGCUGCCUCUGUGUGUUUGUAUGGUGUGCUGCCGCAUCGUACCUCCACAGCUACGGGACACUGACCAUGACGAUGGUGAAGAUGUACAGCUCCCCCUCAAAGAGCUACUGGCUGAGUUCAAUGACAAGUCCCAGUAUGACCAGCCCUGCUGUCUACUUCCUGGUUGUAACAACAUGGAUUGUGGGAGUCGUGGUUUUAAUAAGCCUGUGUCUCCUCCUCUGGCCAUGUGGGAGAGAGACAGUCAGGUGAUAGAGCUGGUGAAGGGAGAGGGAGGCCUGGGAUUCAGCAUCCUAGACUACCAGGACCCAGAGGAUGCCUCUAAAACUGUCCUGGUGAUCCGCUCCCUAGUCCCUGGUGGCGUGGCCGACUCAGACGGCCGCUUGCUGCCCGGUGACCGGCUCAUGUCCGUUAACGACGUGGACCUGGUCAGAUCAACGCUGGAGCACGCAGUGCACGUCCUCAAAACCACCGGCUACGGCACCGUGCGCAUCGGCGUCGCCAAGCCGCUAUCGAUCGAGUGUUGUGUCCUGGAGUCCAUCCCGGAGUCCAUCCCGGAGUCAUCAAGGUCGUCCAGAGACGAGACCCGGUCGUCAUCGAGAGAUGAGAAUGAUACUCUCUGCUCAGCCGGGAUGCUAGCCUCCUCCUCACAGCAGGCGCACGCUAACAGCUACGGCUCACAGCAGAGGAACAGCCAACCGUGCUACACACUAAAGGACGAGAAAUCGCUGCGUCAUUGCUUCGGCAGCAACAUGGAGGACGGCGAUAAGCUCCUGGCCCUGCCCCCUUCUUUCGGCAGCCAUUUUGAGAGGACAAUCACUGUUGUCAGGGGCAACCGUAGCCUUGGUAUGUUAAUAGUGUUUUUAAUUGUGGCGGGGUGUCUGUGUGUGUACAUCGUCGGCAUGGCGAUACUGGGCGGAGAGGAUGAGAAGCUGAUAAUCGAGGGAAGUCGAAGAUUUUUUCAGGAGUUGAGUGUAACGUUCAUCCCCUCGUCUCUGGUAGAGGAGCACCGUGCCUCCAUGGCCCAGCAGCCUCUGUCAUCCAUUAUGGUGGACGGCCCCACACCCUGCCCCCUGACUCCCUCCCCCUACCCCGCCUGGACGUCCAACCCCCUCCCCGCCUGGACGUCCAACCCCUUCCCCUACUCCCGGCUCCCUUCCCCUACCCCGCCUGGACGUCCAACCCCUUCCCUACCCGCCUGGACGUCCAACCCUCUACCUACUUCCUACCUCCUGGAGCCCCAGAUACAGCCUCAACAGGUCCAACUCCAGCUCCAGGUAGGAGGCAUGGAUCUGAGAGAUGCCAGUCAUGAGCAGGCAGUGGAGGCCAUCCGUAGUGCUGGAGACCCUGUUGUCUUCCUGUUGUCUCCUGUGCUCUCCAACCAUGAGAGGCAGGCCUCAGCAUCGCACAUGGACUCGCUGAACAACAAGGUGCCCGAGAGUCACAGUGGGCUGUUCCUUAGUCUCUCCCCCGCCAACCCCUUCACCCCUACUCCCUUUAAGCCAACAGCCAAUAGGACGGCCAGGAGAAGACCCACAACUGUCUCUGCACCAAUCACACUGCAAGACACGGAAGACGAAUGCUGGAAGAAGAUGAUGUCCAGGUGUGGCAGUCUGCCAGGUGAGCUCCAUAUGAUAGAGCUGGAGAAGAGUCCCGGAGUCACUAGCACUGAUGCCCGGGGCCAGGGUCUGGUUCCUGGUCUGGGUCUCAGCCUGACAGAGGACAGGGAUGAGUCCAGAGCCCACCUCGGUGUCUACGUGGCUGGGGUGCGACCCCCCAGGGGGCAAGCGGGCGAGAGGACGGAUGUCGGGUGGGGGGCGAGCUACUGGAGAUCAACGGUCCAGAUCCUGUAUUUCGUAGUCACCAGAGCUACAGCCGUCCUCAACAGUGCUCCUUCUAAAGUCCAGAUCAUCCUCACCAGCACCAUCGAGAUCUGUAAAGGACACUUGGGCCUGGGCCUCAGCAUCGUGGGGGGUUGUGCACGCUACUGGUUAAUGAUGGAGGAGCAGCUCGAGAGACGGAGGCUGUGGGCUGGAGACCAGGUGCUAGAGGUGAAUGGUAUAGACCUGGGCCAGGCCACCCAUGAGGAGGCUAUAGGGGUGUUGAGGCUGACCCCUCAGAGGGUGCGUCUCACGGUGUUCAGACACCAGGAGUACAGGGAGGAGGACCUGUGGGACGUCUUCCAGCUGGAGCUCAGACCACAACCUGGACAGACCCUGGGGCUCAGCACUGUAGGGAAGAGCAACGACAUAGGUGUGUUUGUGUCUGAGAUCAUUCGAGGGGGUGUGGCUGAUGGAGACGGUCGGCUGUUUCUAGGAGACCAGAUCCUGUCAGUCAACAGAGAGGAUGUCAGAACAGCUACACAGGAACACGUUACCUCGCUGUUACAGAGCUGCAGUAAUGGAACAGUGAUCCUAGAGGUUGCUCGCUUCAAAGCCGGGUGUUCACUACUCUUGUGGAAGCCAGGUAAAACACCGCGCCUCAUAAGUGGUGACUCCGGUGGUAGUGGCAGCUCCACCCUGACCCCCUCCGGUGUGUGUGAUGUCCAGGGUCACCACCAGGGGGAGACAGAGAGACGCCAGAGAGGAGAGGGCUACCCAUUUGAAGACUACCAUGAGAUAAGGACAGUGGUUAUACAUAAGGGUUCGUGUGACUCUCUGGGUCUGAGUGUAGCUGGUGGGGUUGGUUCUCCUCAUGGAGACGUACCUCUCUUCAUUGCUACUAUGGACCCUAUUGGACUGGCUGCCAGGACACACCAAAUCUAUGUAGGAGACUUUAUGGUGAGUAUUAACGAUGUCUCCACUGAGGGGAUGAGCCACAUCCAAGCUGGAGCUCUGCUGAAGACCAUCAGUGGUACCAUCACCCUACAGGUGCUGACUACAGGGUCGGUGGCUGAGGGCUGUGGAGGAGGACAGGGCCAGGGAGAUGUAGGUAUCCCCUCCACAGGACCAGCUACCCUACACAACAACAUGAGUCCCCAGUUUUAUAGAACCAUCCGUCUGGACAGAGGUGCUCUGGGUCUAGGCUUCAGUAUAGUUGGAGGAUUCAGCAGUCCCCACGGAGACCUGCCCAUCUACGUCAAAACUGUCUUUGGAAAGGGAGCAGCGAUUGAAGAUGGCAGGCUGCAGCGUGGGGAUCAGAUCAUCGCUGUGAACGGUCACAGUCUGGAGGGGGUCACUCACGCCGGCGCCGUCGCCAUACUGAAGAACACCAAGGGAACUGUAGUCCUCACCGUACUCUCCUGAGUGUAGUCCUCACACAACCGAACCCUGUAAUGUAUUUCUAUGUGUCUAUGUACAUGUACAUCUCCUUCAAAAUGGACCUCAUCAUAGUAGACUACUCACAUCACUGUACGUCUCCUUCAAAAUGGACCUCAUCAUAGUAGACUACUCACAUCACUGUAUGACUCCUUCAAAAUGGACCUCAUCAUAGUAGACUACUCACAUCACUGUAUGACUCCUUCAAAAUGGACCUCAUCAUAGUAGACUACUCACAUCACUGUAUGACUCCUUCAAAAUGG